ACAUCACUGACAAUAUAUCGGCAGGGCGACAAAAAAACAUUUGUUUUUGUUUUAUCACUUAGAAAUAUAUCCUUUCAGAUAUAAGUGCAAAUCAUGGCAACAGAAAUUACAACUAAAGCACGACUAGAAAGACUAAUAGCCGCUAAAAAGGAACUGGAGGCACAAAUCAAUAAAAAUGGAGAAAUUCUGACCGCGAACGGCAAUGUCGGCAUGAGCGGUCCACUUGUUGAUAGUGAGGGAUACCCUCGCAACGACAUUGACAUCUAUCAGGUGCGACAAGCACGUCAGACGAUUAUCUGUUUACAAAAUGAUCAUGCUCAACUGUUGGACCAAAUACAUGAACUGCUCAAUCAAUAUCAUGCCGAGAUCGCCACCACAGAUCCCGAGCUGAUCAAUCGUGCCUCUGCCUUAGAAUUAAGCAAUGGUCGGGAACACGGUGGAUCACUUGCAAUCCCACUAAAUGCUAAACCAUUAGUUGUAGUUAAUCUUGUUAGCCCCAAUUCGCCAGCCGAGGAAGCGGGUUUGCGCGUAGGCGACAAGAUUUUGCGUUUUGGUUCAAUCAACGAAACUAACUUUAAGAAAAGUCUUGAACAAAUUGGUGAAGUUGUGCGCAAUAUGCAAAAUCAAAAUGUCCAAUUGAAGAUAAAGCGAGCAGACCAAUUCCUCGACUUGGUGCUGGUGCCAAAGACUUGGGUCGGCCGCGGCCUGCUGGGAUGCAAUAUUGUGCUGCCGCCCGAAGAGCCAAUGGAACAUUAGAAUUAACAAUAAUUUAUUUAGUGCAUUUAAGCAUUUAGGAUAUGUAAUUUCAAGGGUUGCAAUCAAUUAAAGUUGCAUUUUUGACCUGAAAA